AUGUCUGAAUAUAUGGACGACGUAGAUCGCGAGUUCAUCAACUGUUUAUUCCCAGGCUACUUGUUACAACAACCUGUCGCUUAUGAUUUAUGGAUUUUGUAUUUGCAACAUAGAAAACUCUUUCACAAACUAAAGAACACGAACUUGAUCAAGGCUAACGAGAAUCACAGUUCUACCGGUAUUAGCAGAAUGAAGUUAACUGUCUCAACUAGGAAGGAAAUCUGGUCAAAAUUGAUGAAUUUAGGUGUUCUCGGCACGAUUUCAUUUGAAGCUGUUAACGACGAUUACCUGAUUCAAGUUUAUAAGUAUUUCUAUCCAGACGUCAACGACUUCACUCUGAGGUUCGGUGCUAAGGACCAGAAUAGAAAUUCAGUACGGUUUUUGAAAGCUUCCUCAGAUAUUGGAAAGAAUGCUCAGGAACUGUUAGAGCCUGUUUUAUCCGAACGUGAAAUGGCACUGAACUCCAAUGUCAGCCUUGAUAAUGACGAAAAUGACGAAAAUGACGAUGAAGAUGAAGAUGACGAUGACGAUGAAGAUGACGAUGGUGACGAUAACGAUGAAUCUGAGCUGGAAAGCCUAGAAGGGGGGGCGGACACCGACACGGACGAUAACAAUGGGGAAGAUGACUCUGACCAUCAAGAGGAAGGACAACAAGAAGAAGGCGGGGCAAGUGCAGUGGUUUCCAAUGCACAACAGCAUCCUGAAGGGGUUUCGGACCCAUGGAUAUAUCAAAGAUCUAGAUCAGCUGUUAAUAUAGAAGCAGGGUCAAUGAAUAUACUAGGCACAACUGAUAAAAAUAGCAAUCUACAAUACUACCCUCCUGAUCAAUCACCAACAUCUUCCUUUUCCUCUUCUAGAGUAUCAUCUAGUAACGACAAAAAUGACAAUGAGACAACAGAUGGUUUGUCCAGUAGUGAUAACAAAAAGAAAAAUUCAAUGAUUCCUGAUAUUUACAAGAUAUUAGGAUAUUUUCUACCUUCUAGAUGGCAAGCACAACCUAACAAUAGUUUGCAAAUAUCUCAAGAUGGUAUCACUCAUUUACAGCCUAAUCCCGAUUAUCAUUCGUACAUGACUUAUGAAAGGUCAAACGCUUCAUCUGCUUCGGCUAGGAAUAGACUGAGGACAUGCUUCGAAAACUCAGGGAAAGUGGAUUUUGCAGUUACUUGGGCAAAUAAGUCAUUACCAGAGAAUAAAUUAACGAUAUUUUAUUAUGAAAUCAAAGUGCUAAGUGUAACGAGUACGGAAAGUGCUGAAAAUAGUAAUAUUGUUAUUGGCUACAAGUUAGUAGAGAACGAAUUAAUGGAAGCUAAUGCAAAGAAAAGUACUUCUCGUUCAAGUGUGACCGGUUCCAGCAGUAGCUUAGGCGGUGGUAAUAACAUUAGUUCCAAUAGAGUACCCUCUACUUCAUUUGCUAUGGAAGGCACUCAACGGCGCGAUUAUAUUUAUGAAGGAGGUGUUUCAGCUAUGUCCCUUAAUGUGGAUGGUUCUAUAAACAAAUGUCAAAAGUACGGAUUUGAUCUGAACGUGUUCGGUUAUUGCGGAUUUGAUGGUUUGAUAACUAAUUCUACAGAACAAACCAAGGAAUAUGCGAAGCCUUUUGGCAGAGAUGACAUUAUCGGCUGUGGUAUAAAUUUUAUUGAUGGCUCAAUAUUUUUUACAAAAAAUGGUAUCCAUUUAGGUCACGCAUUUACAGACUUGAAUGAUCUACAGUUUGUUCCGUAUGUAGCCUUGCGACCUGGAAACUCUAUUAGAACGAACUUUGGAUUAAACGAGGAUUUUGUGUUCGAUAUUAUAGGGUAUCAAGACCGUUGGAAGAGUUUAACAUACCAACAUAUUUGUCGUGGACGUCAAACGGAUGUUUCCAUUGACGAAUUUGAUUCUGAUGAAAGCGAAGAAGAUGGACAUGGGGAAACCAAACCAAUAAAUGUUAAUGAAGAUUUGAUGGAUAUUGAUCAAGAAUGUGAUGUCGUCGAUGCAAGUACUCUGGAAGAUAAGGGUGGGAAAAAUCUAAAGUUUCUUUUGGGAGAGGAUGAUAGGUUUAUAAACGAGAAGUUAGUUAGACCGGAUGUUAACGACAUAAAUACAUUAAAUAUGGAUGAUGGUUCGUUGCCUAACACUUUAAAUGUGAUGAUAAAUGAUUAUUUGAUCCACGAAGGAUUAGUUGAUGUUGCAAAGGGGUUUUUAAGAGAUUUACAAAAAGAUGUGGCCGGUGCAAAUGGGCAUCACUCUGAAAACAAAGACGUGAUAAGACACAAUGAAAGGCAAAUCAUGAAAGAAGAACGCAUGGUAAAGAUAAGACAAGAAUUAAGGUAUUUAAUAAACAAAGGUCAAAUUAGUAAAUGUAUCAGUUACAUCAACAACGAAAUUCCCGAUUUAUUGAAAAAUAAUUUAGAAUUAGUAUUUGAGUUGAAGCUCGCAAACUACCUGGUAAUGAUAAAAAAAAGUUCAACUAAAGAUGAUGAUGAAAUAGAAAGUUUAGUUUUGAAAGGUCAAGAAUUAUCUAACGAAUUUAUAUAUGAUGCUGAGAUCCCACAAUCUUUAAGAGAUAGAUUCAGUGGACAAUUGAGUAAUGUCUCAGCAUUAUUGGCAUAUUCUAAUCCACUUGUGGAAGCGCCAAAGGAGAUAUCAGGAUAUUUGAGUGAAGAGUAUCUGCAGGAGCGAUUAUUUCAAGUUUGCAACAGUACGAUACUAACGUUUUUACAUAAGGAUAGCGAAUGUGCAUUAGAAAAUGUAAUAUCGAAUACAAGAGCAAUGCUUUCUACUUUGCUUGAGUACAAUGCCUUUGGUUCAUCUAAUUCGUCGGAUCCGAGGUACUACAAAGCAAUAAAUUUCGACGAAGAUGUCCUGAACUUAUGA